CACAUUCUUUUAGCAGACAUAUUCAGGCUUUCAUGGGCAAUUCUGAUGUAAACCCAAAUUACUGGCUUUAGCAAAGCAAAGAGAGGAGAAAGUGAUCUCAUAUUUUAAACAAAAUGAAGCUGCUCUCUACAGCACUCUGUCUCACAUUGUUGCUCUGUUCUAAUGCGCAAAGCCAAACUCCUGUAACUUCUGCAGACUGUGACUCAGUUGAAACUGAUGCAGGGGUGGCCCUGGAUUUGAUCAAUAAACACCGCAGAGAUGGCUACAUUUUUACUCUGUUUCGUGUUGCUGAUGCCCAUGAACAACAGACCGGGAAUUCAUCAGUCCUUUAUUUGACUCUGAAUGUGCUGGAAACGCAGUGCUCUGUAUUAUCCAGGAGACAUUGGGAGGACUGUAAACUCCCACAGCACAAUGAAAUGGUAUUUGGACAAUGUAAAACUAUCAUGUAUAUAAACAGACAGUUGAAGAAAGAAAUACUGCAUGGCUAUAACUGCACAGUGAGUCCAGAUCAUUCACAGUUAUACAAGUGUGAACAAAACUGCCCUGGAAGACCAACAGCCUUAGAAGACAUUGAGCAGCACAGAGGGGAUGCUGAGAGAGCCCUGGAGAGGUACAAUGAAGAUAGUAACCACACACAGUAUUUCAAGGUGGAUAAAGUACAAAGAGCUACAGUGCAGGUCACACCUCAGCCAGGAUACUUUGUCGAAUUUACUAUAAAAGAGACCUGCUGCUCCAAAUCCACACCACAUGCAAAUGUGUCUGAAUGUGAAUUUCUGCAUGACAGACAUGCUCGCGUGGGAUUCUGCAAGGGAAAAUUUGCGAGUGACACAAAAAAUCCUGAUGUACUUGAGAUAUCCUGUGAAAUCUACGGUCCCUGGUGUGACAGACCUCCCUUCCACCAUCACCCCCACUCUGGAGAACAUCAUCACCACCACCACCACCACCACUUCUCUGGGCAAGGACAUCCCCCUCUGGGUCCAUCACACAGACAUCAUCAUCAUCACAGGUCAUCCACCCUGAAGGAUCUGAGCAUCAUCACAAUUUCUCUGGAGAGGAACAUCAGCAUGGGCCUCCUCAUCUUCCUCCUCCACGUGGUCCUCAUUAUCCUCCCCCUCCUUAUGGUUGUAAACACGGCCAUAGACAUAACCGUCUACACCAUCAGGGGUCUAGCAAUUUUUCCCAGGAAAGAGGAAGAGAUGAGGCCAGCUCCUCAGAAGAGCACAUUUCAUCCCAAACACCUCAUCCUUUCCAUAAAAGACAGCUUGGUUCCAUCCAUCAUAUUCCAGUUUUAA